AUUCAGGACUCUGAAACUCGUUUCAGUCAGUCACGGAUUGUCCGUUGUUCCUUCGUUGUUGGUUCACGCGUUGUUGAUCGCGAGCAGCAGCUCACUGAGGAUUAAAACGUGAAUUUAUAUUUUUUUUCUUGAUUCGUAUUUUUUUCUUGAUCGUCUGAUCUUUUUGUUGAAGAAUUAGUGAGUGCGCAUAAACGAACGAGUGUUUAUGAAUAUAUAUCUGUAUAGAAGAAUGCGGUAGGAUGCGCAUCCAGAAAAGAUGUUUCUUGCUGGGUCUCUGCCUCUUAGGCAGAGUCACCUUUUCCUUAACAGCCGUCAAUACUGAAAUUACUACGUUACCCGAUAACAAUGGCGAAGGUAUUCUAGGAGUGCAGUCUGUUCGUACAGAAUGGCGGAAUGAUACAACAGAAUUAAAAAGUGUACAUCCAGCAAAAGAAGCUGAUAUCAAGAUUACAACUGAAGCUAAGAAAAAGUCUGUAACGGACUUUAAAGUCAAAGGCGAUCAAAAGUAUCAAAAAUCCAUCAUCAAUGAUGACUCGCAGGAGGUUGUAGACUCCAACACUUCAGUAAUGUCACCGAUGUUACCUACGAUUUUACCUGAGACAAAAAUCGAUCAAUCUUCAGCGAUAAUAAAAUCUAUGGACACUAUGAAUAUAACGACUCCCUUUCUUCUUCAUGGAGUACCAAUAGUCGCUGUAACAAAGACGAUAUUACCAACUAGUCGUGCUGUCCAGAAUACGACGAGUAAGACAGUGGCAAUUCCAAUGACGGAAGAGACAAUGUCAUCAAGAGGCAGAGACUUAAAUGUCACUGCUUCAGAGCCAAUGAACUCAUUGCACGCUAAUAUCACGGAUCUCAGUGACAUCAGCAUGGAUGAGAAUGACAAAGAAAUUGAAGGCGGAGAGUAUAUCGCACCACAUAACGAAACUGCCAUAAACAUUUCUUCGAUGUUGUUUCCGAAAGCAUCAAUAUGUAUCCAUGGAAAUCGCACUUACUCAGUAGGUGAAAACAUUGUCCGAGACUGCGAAGAGAAAUGCAUAUGCUCCGAGAGUGGAAUUACGAAUUGUCAACCGUUAUGUAUUUAUCCUUACGUUAAAGUAGGCAGAGAGCUUAAGGAUCAUAUGUGUCAAGAAAAAUUGGUUGCUGAAGAACCAUGUUGCGCCCUUAUUUUCUGUCCUGCAGGUUUAGCUGUUGAAUCAAAUGAAACGUGCGUAUUCAACAACAAGACAGUGACUAUAGGACAACGUGUCGAAGACGGUUGCUCCAGAGUGUGCACCUGCGAAGCUGGCGGCCACUUAAAGUGUAAACCUAGGCCCAAGUGUCCUCCGAACGAGACUGUAACCAAUGAGCAUGAUCGCUGUGUCGUAUUAAUCGAUCCUGGAGAUAAAUGUUGCACAGUUACACUUUGCGAUGUUACUUUGAGCGAACAUGAAGUUAAAUCAGAGAAUUCUACCGAAUUGAAUGUACAUUUGAUGGAUGUAAAGGUACUAAACUCAACGGCUAUCAAAUUAAAAUUAUCGACGAAGAAUCCUCAAGAUGUUACUAUAGAGAUUUCACAGAACAAUCAUGUAUGGAGACAACAAAAUCUUGAUAAAGAUGGUAUUGUUUCGAAUUUGGAACCCGCGCAUACGUAUUCUGUUCGCGUGGCAGAAGGAAGCUAUACAAGUAUACCUGGGCCAGCCAUACAAGUAUUUCUGCCAGCCGAAGUAGUGAAGACAAACAUGUCGGAGAAAGUAACAGACAAGAACACUUGCAAUUACAGAGGAAAAUUAUAUAAAGUUGGUGCAGAAUGGUAUGAUGAGUGUAUCUCUUUCUGUACUUGCACAGAGGGUGGCAAAUCUGAAUGCGCUACGAUAGAAUGUCCUACAGAUUUUGGACUGGAUCUGUUGGAUCCCAACUGUUUAGAUUGGGAGACAGUUCCAGCGAAUUUUGUCCCAAAAGCACCACAAUGCUGCCCCCAGGAAGUACACUGUAGAAACAAUGGCUCUUGUACUUAUGAAGGAGUCACAUAUGACAAUUGGACCGUGUUACCUUCGAAUGUCACCGGCUGCGAAAGACGUUGUUAUUGCGAGAUGGGCAAUGUAUCCUGUCAAGCUGCUUGCAAAUUUGUACCAGCCCUACCACCUGCAUAUUUACCAUGUCCUUCCCAUCAAGCAACAUUGACGCAUGUACCUACUAAUCCAUGUUGCACGCAGUGGACCUGCAGCCAUCCUUCGGCACAACUGCCAGGAUUGAACGUGACGACCGCGUAUCCCGGCUCCUUAGCUACAAACACGUUUGAUCAGCAAACAAUUGACAAUAUCAAAAGACCGAAUAACAAGUCGGAAAUACUCAAGCCCAGCCAGGAAUCGGAGCACAGUACUUCUUUCUUCUCGGAAAAUUCAAAAACCGAUAAAACCCAAAUAGAUACUACUACUCACAGACUUCCUCACUAUCCUAUGGAUUCAGGACAUCCUACAAUAUCUUAUAACGGACCUUAUAGUCCCGACUACCUAUCCACUCAUCUCAAUGUAGAAGACAUUUUUCAUUUACCCGUUUAUUCCGUAAAGCCAAGGGAAAAAUCAAAAUCAAAAUUUGAUUCGAAAAAGCCUGUAGAACUAAGACCUCACAAGGAAUUAAUUGAUCAAUAUUUUCCUGGUCCAUUAGUACCUGAUAAAUUUCCCGAUAAAGCCACGUCGAUGCUUCCAUAUCCUAAUGAAAAUCAAUCAAACUCAUUAAACCUAAACAAAUUAGCCCCUUCGCUAAAAGAUCGUCCAAUUGAUCAAGCUCAGUUUAUCCCGUUACAUUCUCAUCUCAAUGCAUCAGAAUUUUUAUUCACCUCUAGUAAUAGAGAAAACAUCUCUCAAACUAAUUUUAAUAACCAGUACGUUAACACAGCGAUUGGUCUUCCUUAUUAUGAUUCAAUCCCCGUUAAAUCCGAUUUGAUCGAUCCAAAUGUGAUUGUUCCUAUAACUUCAAAAAAGAAGACCACAUCGAGUAAUCUCUUUAUUGAUGCAGAAAAAUCAAAACCAUUUUCGAUAUUGUCUGAUCGGCCAAAACAAAAUAAAAAAAAUCCUGAUUAUGAGACUUUACCAGAGAAACUACAUCACCUAACAAAUUCGCAACAUCCUGAUCUAAUUCAGCUCAAUCAUACUCCUCCUCAAGAUUACCCUAGUGUAUAUGACCUUCACCAACAAAUCUCUGGUCAGAAACAACUGCCUACUGAUCAAGCGCAAUCCGUUUAUUUCGGAACGAUACCUACCACAUCGAAAAAGACGACGAAAUAUCACAGCUUUUCGCAAAAAGAUGAAAAUGGGCAGAUCACUUAUCAUAUUCACACGCCCAAUAUUCCAAAUACUCCUCAGCAAAUUGAGGAACUAUUAGCACACAUCAAUCAGCACGAUACCAAUCCAGGACCCUUCCAAGAUUAUUCCAGAAAACCUGUACUUUAUAAUGUUCCAAAUAACCGUCCACUGCCAACUGUACCACUUCAUAUAGAUGCUCAAAUAUCACAUUCAGGACUUACGCACUUGAACCACCCGCUCGCAGCACAAACAUCCAGUCAAUCAGGUAUGGACCAUAACAUUGUACCGCCAGGUUUUUCUCUACCUGGAAGUAUAACUGGAUUCCCAUCUCCUUCCAAUGAAGUAACUAUGCAAAUACUAGAAGCAUUAGAUGAACAUACAAUUCGAUUAGUGUUUACUGUACCUCAGAUCUUAGUGGGACUACAUGGAAGAGUCGAGCUACAAUAUACCAGUGAUAAAACAAAUUUCGAUCCAUCCACGUGGAAAGCACAAGUAUUUGCGCCUCCUAAUGACUUAAUCGCAACACCCCAACUUGAGUUUGAAUUAGGUGAUCUAAAACCGAUGACUGAAUACAAAGUAAAAAUUAUGGUGAAACUGAAGGACUUAACCAAUAGUCCAACCAGUAAAAUUUACAAUGUGCGUACAUUAGAAAAACGUGUCGAGGUAACGACCCUACCACCACAAAUACCAAUUGACGCCGAACUUAGAAUAGCAGAAACGAAUUCAACCUGGGUUAACGUUAUAUGGAAGAAAUUCACGGAAUACGAAUUGCAAUUCAUAGACGGUGUUCAGCUGAGAUAUAAAGAAUAUGAUAGUAAAGUUUAUGCAGCAACGCCAUUGAUCCAUCGUGCAGUAACGAAUUACGUAAUUGAAAAUCUGAAACCAUCAACCACAUAUGAAGUUGGUAUUUAUUUUAUACCGUUCCCAGGACAAUUAACAGAGUUAAUAAGCGAAAAAACGUUUCAGAUAACAACGUUUAUGGAACCAGAUCCCUAUUCUUUCGAUGUAAAAGUUGAAGUUAAAACUAUCAAAUCAACGGACGUAGAAGUAUCUUGGAGUGGUGUGCCUUAUCCAGAAGAUAAAUACGUGAAUAUUUAUCGUGCAAUUUACCAGAGCGACACUGGCAAAGAAGAUACUAGUACCUUUAAAAUUGCAAAAAGAGACUCUCACGCUAAAACUAUGAUCAAUGAUCUAAAACCUGGAACUAGAUACCGAUUAUGGCUUGAAAUCUAUUUAACAAAUGGCAGAAUAAAAAAAAGUAAUGUACAGGAUUUUGUCACUAAGCCAGGUGUUCUCUUACCGAUUACCGUGGCUCAACAAGCCGGGAAAUUUGUAACGCUUCCUCUACAUGAUGGAGAUUACUAUGGUCCACUAGUGGUAGUAGCCAUCGUGGCCUCUUUAGCGAUAUUAUCGACCUUGAUUCUAUCAAUGAUAUUGAUGAAAAGACGAACAAGUAGUAAGGCUGACAUAUCACCUCGUAAAACGACGUCAGCAUACGACAAUCCUUCCUACAAGACCUGUGAGGCUGCAAUCACAAUACCCAAUAGAAGAAAUAAAAUUACAGCAGAUCAUGAAAUGGCUAUCAUCAGUGUCAAAGAAACUGCAUGAAAUUCUAUAUAAUUUAUUAAAUCUAUAUUUAUUUAUAUUAAAGUCAUUAAGGAAUGCAUGUAUUAUAUUCGCCCAUAAGUAUAAUCAUUUCAAGAGUGAAUAGGACAAUGAGACA